UAGUGGCGGUUUAUUGUGGCUACAGGCGAAUCACGAAACACAACAAUUCCAGCAUCUUUCCUGUUAUUUAUUCAACUACCCUAGGUGUAACUAUGGAGGAGGUGACCCGUCUGGUGUCAACAGGAGACUGUGUGAAGAUCUGGGAUGCGGUUUCCAUGGCACCGCUAGAGCAGUUCAACCCACAUAACACCGGUCACCCUGUUGCUCAAGCUUGCUGGAGCUCCAACAACCAGUAUGUUGUCAGUGCCAGCAGCAGUGGAGACAAACUGGUGGUAUCCAGCCUCAAGUCGAAUCCAGUUCCAGUGGUUGAACUAGCAGAGGGGAAAAAGCAGACACGUGUGUGUCUGAGCUCAUCAUCUCAGUUUCUGGUCAGUGGUGGUCUGGAUCACUGUGUUCAUAUUUGGGACCUGAAGACCAAAAGACUGCACCGCUCCCUAGAGGACCAUAAAGAAGAGGUGACCUGUGUUUCCUUCAAUGCCAAUGACAGCCACAUUGCCUCUGGAUCCACUAGUGGAGAUCUGGUGCUCCACAGUCUGACCACCAACGUAUCCACCAAAGCAUUUGGCCAUGGCAGCAACCAGCCCAUCCAUGACCUAAGGCUGUCCAUGCUGAAGCGCUCUCUCCUGGGCAGUGUUUCAGACAGCGGUACUGUGGUCCUGUGGGACUCCAAUACCCAGAAGGAGCUCCAUGUUUUUGAUAGCGCUCAUAAGGCCCCAGGCUGUGGCUUGGCCUUCUCCCCGGCCAGCGAACUGUUGGUGGUCAGUGUUGGUCUGGACAAGAAGAUUGUCUGCUAUGACACUGCAAGCAAGAUUGUUGUGCGGUCCAUCCGAGUGGAGAGUCCGCUGACGUCUGUGGAUUUUACUAUGGAUGGUACUGGUCUGGUGGUUGGAUCCACACAAGGAAAGAUCUACCAGUAUGACCUGAGGAACUCUAGCGCCCCCACCAGGGUGACUGUGGCACACAAAACCUCUGUCACCAGCCUGCGCUUCCAGAGUAACGCCAACAAACACAAGUCCAGUAGACUGGGCCCUACCAAAAUUGCCACUAGUAAAAGAUCAUCUACUAAAUUGUCAAGCAACCAGCCAGACCCCUCCCGCAAUAUAGGCUCCUCCCCCCAACGAGAGAUGACAAGUGCAGUAGCAGGUGGAGGUGUGGAGGUGAUGUCUCGAGAGGCUGAAGGACAUCAGGGAACAGAGCAGCCUCCUGUUGUGGAGAAGUUCAGCAGCAUCGGACGAAACAGUCUAGAUAUCUUCUCUCCUGCGAGGGAAGACUCCCAGGGUUUGGCUGCAGAUACACCGACUGGAAGAACUCAUGUCACUAAUUUGGAGAUGAUGUCCAGAGAAGGAGAGGGUAAGCAGCUGACAGGUCGAGCCAGUCUGGACAUCUUCUCCCCCGUCCGAGAAGACCCUCAUUCAGGUUCCAACUCACAUCGCAAGACUCCACUGGGAACUCCACUAGGAACAUCUAUGGGAACGCCUCUGGUAGCCUCUGGAGGACGCUACAACCCACUGUCUGCCUUCAUGUCACCUCUGCCAAUCAAAGAAGAGGAGAGUGUCUCUGCUUCUGCAGCUGAGCCAUGUGACACCAGAAAGCCUCACAAAGGCAGCAGUUCAAGCCUGGAGGGGGAGGGGAAAACCACCCCCACCUCAUCCCAACAGACCAUUCACUCCAGCCAGCCAGCACCACCCUUCUUCACACCAGAGCCCAGUCUCAGAAGAGCUGAUGGCAUUCAGACACAGCUCAGCUACGACUCCCCUGUCCAUGCAACCCCGUCCACCAGCACAGCUCCUACUGCAGGUCCUACUCUGUCAGCUGCUGUUUCCUCUUCCCUCACCCAGAACAUCGCAGAGGUGGUGGGACAGAGUGGAGCUGCUCCUUUCACUUCCCUGCAGAUGCACUUCAUCCAGAACAUGAUUCAUGAAACACUAGAGGAUUUUAGGGAUGCCUGUCAUAAAGACAUCCUCAAUCUCCAGGUCGAGAUGGUCCGACAGUUUUGCAUCCAGCUGAAUGAGAUUCACAGUCUGAUAGAGAACUACUCUGUGAAUGAGUCUCUGGUGGAGGAGGUCCAGAGGCUGAGGGAGGAGAACCGCAAGCUAAGGACCAACUACUGACCUGCUCAGGUCUGCCGAGGAGCAGUGUGCAGAUGCCCUGAGUUUAGCCUCUCAGGCAGUGCCUUCUUCUGAACAAACUGUCUCUCCGUCAAGGCAAGGUUAUGUUUGGGUUAAAGACGGUUCAGAUAAAGGGCAGGGAUGGAGUGUGUCUUUUGUGACCGUCCAUCCCAACAAUAACCAAAGGUAAAACUGGGAACUCUGCUGAGCCCUUCGAAGAGAGCUGGAUUCUUCUUUUCCAUUUAUAUCUCUGCCUCUCCGGUGGUUCUUCCAACACCAAUAGUGCCUCCAAUACUGAGGAUAACAUCAUAAACGUGUGAGGAAAGUAAAGUUGAUGUGUGUGCAUUUUUAGAUGUGGACUGAAAGCUGGUGAAUUUCUGAAUUAUGUAAUGAAAUGUCCAAUCAAGUAAAGUUGUUUGAAAUAUCUAAUACUUCUGAGUCUGACAUUGUAGCACAAUAGUUUGCACUUUGAGAGGGACAAUUUAUUACCUUAUCACCAGCUUAAGAGUAGCAAAUGGUAAUAGUUUUGUGUCUGCCUGUAUCAUGUCAUGUCAUGAGAGAAACUGUCUAUAAAUAAUAAAAAAGACAACUGUUAAAAUAAAACAAGGAAUGUGUUUGUGUAUAUUAGUAUUUGAAUUGUUUCAAGCGUAUUUAAGAUCAUCCCUUAAAUUUGCAUGGGAAUGUAAGCAUAUCUCAAAUAUUACUUUGUGGAAAAAUCUUUUUUGUUUUUCAAAAGGUGUGGCUGAA